UCUAAUUUACAUACAGACGACAACAAGGAGCUCAUAACGUCAUUCCUUCUCUGCCUACAAGAUCCUAAUUUUUCUUCACUGAACUGGUUUUCUUGUUUGGAAAUAGAAAAAUGAGAAGUAUGGUUAGAUGAGCGAGGUUGCAAAGAAUGCUUUACCCAGCUUUCAAUUCUCAAGUGGCUGCAAACAAGGCGUCUGCACGUCGAAUUUCAACAGUCGGUCGAGCCGAUCCCUGGUUCACGGCGCGUUGAGUUCGUGAUCUUGCACUGCACAGCGGAAAACAGCUGAGCUGAGCCAAAACAACAACAAACCGAAGGCAGAUAGGAAUCGGACAAGUCGAGGGUCAGGGAAUUAGCAGCUGGGCUCGGGCUCAAAUACAGUCAACAAAAUGUCGUAUGCAGAAGGUGCAAGACGAGUUCCGCGUGGAGGAAAGACAGUGAGGCCACAGCCUGUCAGUGAUAAGUCAUACAUGGCAUCUGUGGUGGACUUCUUCCAUGAUGCAUAUGCGGGCUCAGCCCCUGUAGAGAAUGACAAGAUCAUUUGGGUGAAGUUUGAGAAGCCAGAUGUCACUGAUAACAUGAACCAUUCACAAGAGGCUCCAGAUUGUCCCCUAUUUUUAGUGAUUGGUUACACCAAUGGAGUACAGAUAUGGAGCAUUUUGGCAAAUGGAGACGCUGAAGAAGUGCUCUCAUUACGGCAAGGUCCUGUGAGGAUACUCCGUAUUCUACCUACACCUCCACAUUCCAAGAACCACCAUCAAGACAAGAGACCAUUGGUAGCCAUUUGUGAUGGUGCAAGUUCCAGCCAGCCUUUCUGCUCAGUAACUAUCCGUUCAUUGAAGACAAAUGAGCAAGUCCAUGCAGUCUCCUUCAAAACACCAGUGGUUGAUAUAGUUUGUAACAAGAGGUUAAUGAUUGUAGCAUUGCAAGAGAAGAUAGCAGCAUUUGAUGCUGCAUCAUUCAAGCAUCGUUUCAUUAUUACUAGCUGUUACCUAGCAGGUCCCCCCAACAUCAACCCCUUAGCUCUUGGGACGAGGUGGCUAGCCUAUGCAGACAAAAAGCUAAUCCCAUCACACCAGUCAGGAGGCGGGGUUUGUAGAGAUGCUUCCAAGUCAUAUAAAGCUACAGUCAUUCAUGCAGCUAAGGCUAUUACAAAAGGUAUCUCAGUGUUCAGUGAAUCCUUGGGGAAAUAUGCAUCUGCCAAGCUGUCUAACUCACCACCAAGAUCACCUGAAAGUCCUGGGGAGAAGACUAGUAGUAGCCCUCCUCACAGACAGGGUACCCCUGGGAUUGUCACUGUGGUUGAUGCAUCUUCUUUAGAAGGGGAGUUUAAUGUUACAGAUGACAGCUCCGGGGAUGGAGUUGUAGCUCAUUUCCAGGCACAUAUCAAUGAACCUGUCACAGCAAUGACCUUUGACCCCAGUGGUAGGCUACUGUUCACUGCUGGUGCCCAGGGUCAUGUCUUUCAUAUAUUCCGCAUCACAAGCCAUCCCUGUAGAUCAGGCCUAGGGGCUGUGCAUCAUCUAUAUAUCUUAUACAGAGGAGACACUGCUGCAAAGGUACAGCAUGUAUCCUUCACUAAUGACAGCCGCUGGGUGGCUGUAAGUACUAUGAGGGAGACUACUCAUGUAUUCCCUAUCACUCCUUAUGGAGGACAUGUAUGUGCAAGAACACACACAUCUCAGAAAAUAGUCAAUAAAGAGAGUCGGUUUCACAAGAGUGCUGGUCUUGAGGAACUAGAGGAGACUGGAAGAUGGAGUCCUGUACAUGGUCUAUCAGAGAGUCCUACAUCAUCAGGUUUCCACACACCGGAUUCCAUUGCCUCCAUUCCUCACAACAGCACACUGAAUGUAGCCAUUGGUAACCCUCGUCUACCCCCAUACCCUCAAACCAUCACCAUCUUACCAUUAGAACAAAUCAAACUCUCUACUACACUAAGUGUAGUAGCCACUAGCAUGGCAGCAAGCACUACCAAGCCAGUAAGAGGCAAGGCACCUACCCAGAGCUCCGGGGCCAGUGAAUACUCAGGGCUUGCUACCUGUUUUGCUAUAUCUAGAGGGCAUGUGCAAGGAGCCAAUCAGGUGUCAAGAGAAAAAGAUUCUACCAGAGUGUCCCCUAUCCCAUCCCUCUUCAUCAUGUCCUGCCAUGGGUUCUUGGUGGAAUACACCUUAGAGCCAAAGGCUACCCUCCCAGCUAGCGUCAAGAAAGGCGAUGAUUCACCUCUAGAACUUGUAGCCAGUAUGGUGUCUCAAUGGAGGUUACAGAGGGGUAUCAACUCACCUGAGUGCAACUUAAGAAUACCAGGCAAUAGUUUAGUACAUCUAUUCAGUGAUGAUGUAGACAGGUCAAUCAUAGCCACACAAGGAUCUUUGUACCAGUCACUACCAAGGAAUGAAUCCUGUGAGAGCCUUACAUCAGCGCAUAGUAGCAGUCAGGAUAGUGACUUUGAUGAACCUUGGUUAUCACAAGUUGAGAUGGUAACACAUGCAGGCCCACACCGUCAUCUAUGGAUGGGACCACAGUUUGUUUUCAAAACAGUCCCUCAACCAAGCAGUACAACAAUCUUAUCAUCAAGUUCAUCUGCCCUCUUGACUGAAGGCUUAGAAACCAACCGGUCUGCCAUGGAUAUGACUGUAGAUGACAUGGAUCUUAGAUCACUAAGGAUUCAGCCCCUCCGGUCGGAUCCACUACCUACCCCUCAAGCUAGGGAUGGAAGAGUUCAAAGGUUGUCUAGUUGUGAGGGAUCUGCUGGGGCUAGUAUAGAGUAUGGAUCAGGUACAUUUGACCAUGCAUCUAACCUACUAGAAGUUAGUUGUGGUAGCUGGCCAGAGAGCUACCCUAAUCAACAAAGAAGCACAGAGAUGCUUGAGGAACACCUGAAACAGACCAUAGCAGAGGCCAUGGUGGAAUCACCCAGCUCAGAAACAGGUCCAUCCAGCAAACUAAAAGGUCACCAUCAGCGUCUAAAUCCUCCCGAGUUUGUUACCGAGAGCAAUGGUGUUCUGAGCUCCAGUGCGGGUUCUGCGGACAGUAUCCCGCACUCCUUUGAGGCUCGCCUUUCACCUCAGCACACCAUGGAUCAUAUCCUGGUGUUCCCAUCUGCAAACAGCAGUUCUCCAGAGUGCAAUUGAUUGGAUGGAGUGUGAUUUCCACACUCAUUGGAUUUGGACAGCUACAAUACAUCGGUGAUGAAACAGUAAUUGAUGUAGUUGCUGCAUCUGGUAAUCUGCAAGUCACGGUUUGAGGGUCUUCAUGACAAACAGACUGCUUUAGAAAGCAUCACAACACAGCUAGCAGUUUACCCCUUUCCGCUAGAUUGCUCCUAGCCUGAUAAAACUUGAUAGCAAUUCUUGGCAGAUUGUAAUACUGUGAACAUGUCUUCACAUCCAGAUUUUUUAUACCCAUUCUAUGAUCAUCUGUUAUUACAUGUACUUAGUGGUUUUCCCCAUUCAUGUAUAACCGUGUAUUUGAAAAGCCUUGCCAUGCACCAUUGCUUAUCAUCAUUGACUAUAGCAAAUGGUUGUUGAUCUUUUGAUACAUUACAUGUUCAGUUUUUAACUUCUGUUUUUGACAUUAAUGGAAAAGUUAAAGGUUUUUUUUUUCUUUCUCAUGAAUAGAUUGCUAAUACGUCAGGAGCAUGAAUAAAUUAAAAAUACAGUAAAAAUGAAUAAAAUAGUAAAUAAAAAAAUAUAAAAAAAACAUGGCAAAGGCCAUGUUAUCAACCCAUCAAAUCAUUGUAGUUUUAAUGAUUGUUUUUCAGACAAAUGCUGACAACGUACACUGGUUGCAAUGUCAGUUUUUAAGAGAGUUGAUCUCACUGAAUCCAAUAAAAUGACUUUGGCAAUAAUCAGUCUAAAAUACACAGUUGGAAGUCUAUUAAUGGAAAACAUUUCCCAUCAAUAGUGCAUUUUAUCAUCUUCCUGUGUUUACAUGCAAAACUGUAUUUUUAGUUUAUUAUCUAUGUUACUGUGCUUUCUUCAUGUAAACUUUUUGAUUUACAAGAGCUUUGAUUUGGCAACUUCUGAUACAAAGUUAAUGUGUGAAUGUUCCGUCGAUUUAACCCUAAUACUCUUCAACAUUUUUCAUGAUAAAUCUGCCGCACAAAAAUAUUUGACUGUGUCACUCACUGUCCUUUUACUUUGAAGUCUCCCAAUACUUUUUGAGACCAAAUAAGCAACACCCAAAUACGCAUAUACAAUCUUAUGCAACAUUAUCAAAGUGUAUGUCAGAUCCCAAAUUGCUUAAAACCCCUGAUUUUAUGUACAAAGUCAGUCAAAAAAAUAUGUUUUUAGC